CAUUAAAAAGAAAAGAGGAUAGCAGGUGGAUUAGGUAAGAAUCUCAAGCACAUCCUGUAGUUCUCUAUAAAAACUUCAAAUCUUCAGGAUUAAUAGGGGGGUGGUGCUGGUAAUGCUUUACAUUGGUUAAAACAACAAGUUAUUCAAUGUAACAAUACCAAAUAUUCAAAUGGUACCAAACUGAAAUAUGGUGUUGGUUUUAUUACAUUCGCACUGCAGUAUUUUCCCCAAGCAUUUGAAUAUGUCUUAGCAGCUAAACCAACAGCUAUCUUCUUUUCAUUUGGUGAUGCAAAAGAAUAUGCACAGAGAGUAAAACAAGCCGGAAUUGAAGUUAUAUCACAGGUACAAAAUGUACACGAUGGGAUUUCUGCUGCUGAGUACAGUGAUGUUAUUGUAUGCCAAGGGGAAGAAGCUGGUGGACAUGGACAAAGCGGCUUGUCGACGUGGACGUUGUUGCUAUUACUACAGGAAAAAUUAAGAGAAUUAGGUAAAACUGUUCCGCUGGUUACAGCGGGUGGAAUUGGUGACGAAAAUGGACUAAUUAAAGCAUUAGAUAUGGGAGCAAGUGGUAUUAUUAUGGGGACGAGGUUUCUCGCUAGCGUAGAAUCAUCACUUCCCGAUGAAGAUAAAUUAAGAAUUAUCAAAGCAACGAAGGAAGAUACUGUUCGUUGUCGUGUUUUUGAUCUUUUGUGUCCCCCACCGUGGCCUGAACCCGUCAACGGUAAAUCAAAAAAAAUAAAACGUUUCAUAUUUUCUCAAAUAAUAUUAAUAACAGGGCGCGCUCUGAAAGACAAAUGGUCAAUGCCAUGGAUAAAUAAUGAAGAUGAAUUAAGCCAACCAAAUGUGAAUAAAAGAGAAGUAAAAAAAUUUAACGAAGGUAAUCAAUCAUUAUCAAUAGUUUUAGCAGUUUAUGUCUAUUUCUGUAUUUUUUCUCGCCUAACUGCAGAAGGUGGCUAUUCUCUUUGGUGUGGUACAGGAGUUAAUUUCGUUGUUAAAACAGAAAAUGCGAAAGAUAUUGUUCAUAGAAUUGCUACGAAUGCUAUUCAAUUAUUAGAAGCAAAAGCAAAAUAA